UAGAGCAAGAGCGGCUAGAGCAAGAGCGGCUAGAGCAAGAGCGGCUAGAGCAAGAGCGGCUAGAGCAAGAGCGGCUAGAGCAAGAGCGGCUAGAGAAGGAGCGGGAGCGAGAGCGGGAACGGGAAGAACAAGAGCGUACAGUCGCGGCAGAGCGAGAAGUGGAACGGCGACGCGAAAAGAAGGAGAGGGAGCAACGGCGGCAACGCGAGCGCGAACAGGAGCGCCUGCGUGAGAGAGAACAAGAUCUGGAAGCUGAGAGAGAGCAGCAGAGGAUCCAGGAGCAACACGCGCGAGAUUCAGCUGCCGCGCGUCUGACGGCAGGACCUAGAUCGGACCUGCGGUCAGAAGCGACGCGAGGACAAGAGCUGCUUAAUGGCCAUGCUUCUGCAUCCACUUCUUCCCCAGCAUGCCGCAUCCUUAACCUACCCGAGGCGGCCCCGGCCACAGCCCCUCGUACCGGCCUCUCCAAUAACCCUAGCGUACCCGGCAUGCCGAACAUCACCGUCAGCUCAUCCUCCAUCGACGAAUUCGGAGCCCACAAUCCCCCCUACACAUCCUCAUCGAAGCUCUCCGUGCCCGGUUCGGCAGCAAAUGCUAACAAUGCAGGCAGCGCGCGUGCACGUCUCAGCUCCAUUGAGCCCGUGCGCGGAGGAGCAGCGUAUGAGCGCAUGCUGCUUGCAGGUACCGGCAUGCGCAAUGUCGUACAGGCAAUCGGGGAGGAGAGCGAGGAGGAGGAGGGUGGCGACGAUGCAGAUGAGGAGGCUGCUGCGACGAUUGAUGGCUUCGGAGGCUAUAGAGUUGGUGGCGGUGGUAGCGACUCUGGGGCGGGUCAUUCGGGUGGCAAGAAGAAGCGCCACACAAAGAAGGCCCAGCGGUCGCGCACAGGAUCACAUCAUGACGCGCACGAGGCGAGCGAGAAGAAUCGUCUGCGCGCCAUCGAAGGCGCUCGCGCGGAUAUGAUGGAUGAGGACGAGGAUGUGACGCUGCUAAAUAUCGAGGAGAUGCUAGAAGACUUUGAGUGGAACCCGACCAAGAACGGCAUGCAGAGCAUGGUUGGUAGCAGGGCCAUGAGCGUUGUCGGAUUGGGCGGCGCCAAAACUGCUGACCUAAUCGAGGCGAGGCUCCUCGACGAGCUGCAAGCGAUCGAGGCGGCCAACAUUCACGCGCUCAUCGAGUCGGACGACCGCGUCGCACACGUGAUCCAGCACAUCGAAGAAGCGCUGGGACAGCUCGAUGUCAUGGACAGCGUCAUGUCGACCUUCAAAGCGAGCUUAAACGCGCGCAACGACGACAUCAUGCAUAUCGAAAGCCAAAACCGCGGCUUGCAAGUCCAGACGAGCAACCAACGCGUGCUGGCGGAUGAGAUCGAGAAGCUGCUGCAGACUAUCCACGUCGAUGACAGCACCGUCGCGGCGCUCGAGCACGCAUCACUCGAAACGGCAGCUGGCAUAGCCGAUCUUGAAGCUGCUGCAGCGUCGCUCUACAAGAGCAUCUUGCAGGCAAAGGGCGAUGGAGAAGACGGAAAUAUGGCAGAAAACGUUGCCGCGGCGACAGAGCGGCUCGCGGAAUACAUCAGCAUUUCGGACCGGUUCUGCAAACGUGUGCUCGACUUUCUCACAUGGCUCUUCAAUCGUGAAAUCGGAAAUCUCCUGUCGGACCCACAUCGACAAUACGCUCUUCAGCCUCCUCACCCCACCAUACACGACCAUUCACAGCUGGAGAGUUCGCUGGAAGGCUACUGUGGCAUCUUGCUCUACAUCAAGGAGACGUCUCCCUCUCUCUUCUCACGUAUCUCUGCUCAGUAUUUUGCUUCCGUCAGCGACGCUUACCGACGCGAGAUGACGGGCAUGCUUGCCAUCUGCAAGGGACAGAUCCGCAAAGCCACCGAAGAGGAGAACAAUGAGAUCAGCUUUGUGGUACCUGGCGGGACCAGCGCCGCUGCUGUGCUCAGAGCUGGGACGGUCCGCAGGGUAGGUAUGGGCCUGCGCAACAAGCCACAGCGAUCCGUCGGAGAGGCUCAAGGGGGAGAGACAUUUGCACGUAUUCUGUCAUCAACGACGCCGCUCGUCACCAGAGAACAAGCUUUUAUCGCUGACUUCCUGCACAUCAAAGACAACAAUGUCACGUAUGCAGAUUACUGCAACUUGGAGCCAUUCUUCCGACGAAGGGCUGCCACCCUUUUCACCUACUCAGCCGCAGGGCCGAUGAGAGAAAUGAAGGGCGCGAUGGACUUGAUCUUUGGCUUCUUGGCGCCUGAAUUGCAGACACUCGCAGAUCAUGUUCUACAGAAUGAUCGCAUCCAACUGAUUGGCAUCCUAGCUGCGCUGGACCGCGCAAUCAUCGAGGCUGAGGAGGCGAGCAACGACUUUUUGAUCAAGACGCUCUCUAAACUUUACUUGCGUCUUACCAACACGCUGGAGAAGCUCAUCGCCGAGCAGAUCAAGAACAUCGAGCAGACAAGGCUGAGCAGCAAGAAACGCAAGGGUGUCCUCCACUUUGUUAAAGUCUUGCCCCUCUUCGUUGAAAGAGUCGAGGCUCAGCUCGUUAACAGCGAGAUGUUGAACAUCCGCGGCGUCAUCAAUGGAUACUACCAGCAACUUUCGCAUGCAUGCUUCGAAGCAUUGCAAGCCAUGGCCAAGAUGGCGUUAACGAACGCCUCGAGCGGUGGCAAUGAUGAUGAAAAGGGUGUGCUAUAUUCACAGAUCCUCUUGCUGGAAAACACGCACUACUUGGAUGUGGAGUUGCGCAAAGUCAGCUCAAGCGCGCUUUCUCAGAUUGUCCGGCGCGCAGAGAGCAUGUUCAAUGACAGUCUCGGUUGCUAUGUCGCCUCCGUGCUGCGGCGGCCAUUUGGCAAGCUGAUGGACUUUGGCGACGCGGUCGACCUUCUGUUGCGCUCAACUCCAGCAAACGAGAUCACUUUCCACGCUGCGUAUUCCAAGUCGGCCUUCAAGCGCCUCGCCAAGGAGAAUACGUCGAAGGAUGUGCGCAAGAAUGUGGAGACUCUGUCGAAGCGCGUACAGAAGCACUUUGCCGCGGACGACGACGAACUUUCCGUUGUGCCUGGAGCUGCGGUGGCAGUCGACGCUUGUGAAGACGUGAUGGUGCAGGUGUGGCGCUCAUGCGAAGCGGGUGCGGCCAAGGAGCUGGAUCGCUUCGCUAGGAUACUCAAAGACGUCUUACCGGACGGCAGCGUGACGAUCGAGAUCACUAUGCAAGAAAUCCGCAGGCUGUUCACCGCCAACGCACCGUCUAUUAAGAAACGGUAGAGCCGUGAGAGAGACGUAGUUGAUGUAGCAUUACUUAUUGCAACAUUCGCCAUCAUGAGGCGUACACCCCGUGCAUUCCGUUGACAUCUACUACACCGUCGGCAGCGUCAACGUCGGAGCGUUUGGCGGCCAUGCUGCGGGUGUUCACCAUGAACAUAUGGCGAGAAGACGGGGUAGGGAAGGGGGAAAGGCUUAGCUAUCUUCUGCAGCGAUAUGCAAUGUGGCAUCAUCACGAGUGUUCUUUCUUUUUCC